CUGUCCAUGGAGAGGCCCCUCACAGUCCUCCGCAUGAGCCUGCACCACCCCACGCCGGACUCUGCCCGCUUUGCUUCUGUCCCUCCUCAGCUGGAGCACAAUACCAGCCCGCUGCUGGUGGGCCGGGGCCCGGACGCCCACCUCUGGCUGCAGCUCCCUUGCCUCUCCCGCCAGCACCUGUCACUGGAGCCCUAUCUGGAGAAGGGCGGCGCCCGGUUGGCCUUCAGCUUGAAGGCCCUGAGCCGCAAGGGCAGCGUGUGGGUCAACGGACUGACACUGAGGUUCCUGGAGCAGGUGCCCCUGGGCACCAUCAACAGAGUCGCCUUCUCUGGCAUCCAGAUGGUGGCCCGCAUUGAGGGAGGCACCUCCCUGGAGGCCUUUGUCUGCUGCUUCCAUCUCAGCCCCUCGCCCCUGAUUUACAGGCUCCGCGCCGAGGAGAUAGAUGAACGGGAAAGCGUGCUCCAGGAGCAGCCUCCCCCAGGUUCCAGGCAGGGGGCUCCAGGUCCCCUGAGCUUCCUCCACAGCCCUCUCCAGCCCAGCCCUGGAGAAGCGCCAGAAACACCGCUCCAGAGGGACCUCUAG